AUGGGUGCCAAUGCGUCUUGCUUGUCGUCUCCAGUAUUUGGCUAUGACAUGGUUGUGGCGACCACCCAAGCCAGUAUCAAUUCGACACUGUUGGAGUGGCUAUCGGAGUCGAACCAGCUAGCCCGCUAUGUCUGGUUCACGAAAGACCCGAAGUCAAAGACCGGCCAAUCCAUGCACCAGGGCCAUGUGUCUCCGCUGUUGAUGCUGGCAGGUGGUAUCAAUCCGUUCGAUAUCCCAGACCAGACUCCUCCCACCGAUCCGCGCAUUGUAGCGCUGACUCAGGCUGGUUUUCUUGGAGCCAUCAAGAUGCAACUCGGUGUGCCAUCUCAAGUCUUGCCUAAGGAUGUCACAAUCUUGUCAAUCGUGCAGAAUCUGUCAACUGCCUGGACUGUGUGGACGCAACCAGAUGAUGUUCCAUGGACCGUCGGAUCCACUGUUGGUCUCACAACGCAGGCGCUCGAUCCCACACUAAAUGUCCCCUACUUCAACAAUGGUAGAUCCAAGACCAGGGCUGCCAUACUUGCUAGUUUGGGAAAGAACAAAGACCCAUUCACUCUACAGCAACUUGUAUUCGAUUUCAGCAAUGCCGUGCCGACACUGACCAACCCUGUCUUUUUGCCGGAGGGCUCAUUCGCAUCGCAGAUGAUCAAUCAAGGCUUCAUAUCCUCCUACGUGGCUAUUAUCAGUCAGCUUGGCAGUCCGCCAGUCUCCAUAAAAGCCAUCUCGCCAACGACAGUCAACUCUUCGGCGCUUGCAAUCACUAGUCUGGCCUGGGAAGUCAGUCCGCCUUUGGGUUUGGGCCCUAGUGCCCCCGGCUUUCAGGAUGCCACUACUUUGAAUUACCUUUGCGCGGUCAAUGGCCACCAGCUGCCACCUGCAAAGCCCUUCAGCUGGACUUGGGUUCUGCCUGAGGACAUCGACAACGAGAGCGGGAUUAUCGCCAUCAAUCGCAACCUCAUCGCCAACUUCAUCUUGCAGCAAAUCUUACCACAGGCCAUCCCGUGCUGCGUCAAAUGCAGUUUCUCAACCACAGCUCAUUGGCAAGGCGGAGCGAGCUACUACUGGACUCUAUCCUCCAACCAGCAGCCGGAGAUUGCCACGGUGACACCGAACGGACCCAAUGUGAUCCAGAUCAAGUUUCAACCCAACUACGACGGGCACCUGGAAUCUAGUGGGGCCGUAUCUGUUGGGCUACAGAUUCUGCCUACCUAUACAUGCGACGUGACCUUUGAUAAAAACAUCAUCACGAUCACUCAACACAUGGCGUUCCGAGUCUACGUUCGUUACGACAGCUCGUCAGAUACCUGCAUGGUCGUUGAUAAGACCAUCACAGACGAAUACACAAUCUCUGUGGACCAGCAAGGCAGCUUGCAGACCAAAAGAAAAAGCCUCCCGCCGGUGGACAAGUCCGAGAGCCCACACAACAAUGUGAUACUGAAUUGGUUCACAAAUAUCAACGAUAUGGUCAACGAUAUAAAGAAAACCGUCGCCCCAUUAGCUGCUACUCAGCUAAAGCCUAUCGAAUUCGAUCGUCUACAGAGCUUCAUAUUUCCUGGCGCAAGAGUUUUCACCUUCAAAUCUGCGACAUUCUCGGCAAAUCAAGACCUCUUGUGCGAAAUCACAUAUGUGGUCCCAGCUUCGGUGGCUGCUGCUAGUGGCCUUAAGAACGACAGUAAGACCACGCCGAAGAUGCCGGUCAACCCGAAACAGUUGCCGGGACCUUCUGGACAGCCCCAAGUAGCACCUGGGUUUCCGAUCCCAAGUCAGUCCCAGGCAGCAUCUGGGCUUCCCGUACCGAAUGGUACAGAUUCUGGAGCAGCCAAAGGAAGCAGUGCGAAUGCCGGUACAGGCCCUGUUCCGCCAAGCGAUGGUACGGCACCGUCAAAUGGCACAUCGAGUGGCACUGCUAAUCUCGGGUCCUACAGUCUCACCUAUUCCUCAGAGUUGAUACAAAAUUACGUUCAUGGAGAGCUGGUGUCGCCGCAGGCCAAGUUCGAGGCACUGCAGACGGCAGACGGCCACAGUCUACUUUUUGCCGUUAGCACUGCGGGUGUUCUCAACGUGAUAGUGGAAUCGAGCGGCACAAGCCAGACUGGCUGGAGCUGUAUAGACCUGUCAACAGCAAUUAUUCAAAAACAGUUUUCAGGUGCAACGGUGAGAACUUUCGAUGCCGGACAAAGUGCUCUUGAUGGCACCAUCGGUCUCGCGAUGAGCGUGUCGUCCGCAGGCUCUGAUCAUCUUGUCGUCUGCUUGUCAAACUCGAACACCAAUACCUCGUGGAUAGCCCUGCCAAAUUGGAUAUCCUGCCCCUUCGAUGCACCAAAUGAGAGCCGGACUUCCAUCUCAAUUGUAGGUGUGCUGUUCUCAGAGACGAUCAGUAAGCAGCAGUACCUUAUCGUCGACAUUGACCGCGCCCUGGACUCCGCAGUCAAGGAGAUCACACGUUAUUAUGUCAAUCCUGCUAAGCCGGGCGGGACCUGCUGGGUGCGACACGACGUGCCUGUGGAUAUCCAGAGCGGCAACUACCAGAGUCUGACAGGUAGAAAGGUCGGAGCUCUUGUUGAUGGAGUAUAUACGGCCGGUAAAUCUGGCGCCUCAGCCCAAUUGGUAUAUGUGCCAAUCAUCAACGCUUUUGGCAAUGGACCGCCCGCGCCAACACGUUUGAGCUUACCCGGUGGGGUUGCCGUAUCGGCGAUGACUGUUGCGCGGAACGAGACGCCGGGUUCUUCUAUGCAUGGCCUGACGGAUCUAUACGCUAUCGGAGGCUCUACCCUCUACUACUUCGACUCCGAAGCCCAGCGGAAUGAUGGCGGUGUUGCAAAGCCUGUGACGACAAAUGCCAUACUGAGUGGCACAAGUCAGCUUUUCGCUAUGACCCAUGAUGGUGUAACGACCUUGUGGGGCAGGAACGGAAGCGGUGUUGUCUACUAUACCACAUCCUCCACUACGAAGAUCUCUGUUCCUGGCUCAUGGAGUAGCUUGAAGCCAGUACUGAGCGGCAUUGAGAAGAUCUCGCCAUACAUCAAUCGCACCGACGGUGGCAAUACGAUAUUCGCUGCCGGCGGGGGCAAGCUUCAGAGAUUAAUACAGGCCACGGCCACUGCGUCAAAGAUGUGGCAAGCUCAGCCGAUCACGCUGGCCGCAGAACCAAUGCAGCCCUCGCUGGCCUUCAAGUCUUAUACUACAUCGCUCCAACUGCAAGGCCCAGACAGCGCUCCAGCACGAGGACUAAGCGUUACUCUUUCGGCCAAGUCUCGCGCCCCAGUGUACAUCAACGGCCUGUACUACACUCUGGGUCCACGGGCAAUCAACGUCCCCACCGACAAUAACGGCUUGAUGAUCAUUGUGGAAGCGAUCACGAAGGUCCAUGGGACGAUAAUUACUGUGACGGUGGACGGCGCAACUCCUGUAUUGAUAAAUCCUAUGGAAAAGACGUUCAAGAAGCUUGCCGCGCUGAACACCAGGGAUGCACUCAAUGCAGCGACUAUCCCGCAAGGGACCAAAGCUGGUGGGGUCGUGGGAGGCGCGCAGUCCAAGCCUUUCGUAUCACCCGGAGUCUCGAAAGACGAUGUCGGCGUAGCUGCCAGCAGCAUGUCCACUUUGAACCAAGCUUACGAUGGUCUGAACACGGUGAAGGUAACAUCGCAGAAAAUGGUCCAAUCAAAGCUUGCUAUUCCUACCAAGUCCCUGAUGUCCACAAGCAGCAUCGAGAUCGGGCCAGGUGACUUGUUGCAAAUGGCUGCGGCCGGAGUCGAAGGGGCUUUCGAUAAAGCCAUUCAGAUAUUCCACGAUGCGGCCACGGACGCGUGGACCUUUGUCGCAAACAUAGCUGGCCAAGCCUAUUAUGCUAUCUUGGACUCGGUUGAGACGGUGGUGGGUGCGGUCGAGUGGGUGUUCAACAAAAUCAAGACCAUCAUCGAUGACAUCCUGCUCUUUCUUGAGCUUCUCCUGUCAUGGGAUGAUAUUCGCCGGACAAAGGACGUCAUGUGUGGCAUGACCAAGCUCUACAUGCGUGAUGCUGUCUCCAGCUUAACGGAACUCCAGACCCUCUUCGAUGGCAAAGUUGCAGAUCUUGAAAGUCAGAUCAACAGUUGGAGUGGUAUUAAGCAGUGGCCAAGCCUUGGAUCAUCGGGUACAAAACCCAUCGGCUCUAGCUCUUCAGGCGGGUUACAGAAUUUGACCACUACUGGGCACAUGUUCAUAGGCCAUCUCAACGAUAACGCUGGAUCCAUGAGCACACAGUUUGGUACAGCCAUGACCGCGGCUCAGGGUAUAUUGCGGGACCUAGCCAAAGCCGUCGAACAAGAAGGCGAAGUGUUCCAGGCUGUUGGCCAGCAGAUCCAGACCCUGGCCAGCGAAAUCACAACGAUGAGCGCUGAGGAUGUGCUAAAGCGGAUAAUAGGUAUCGUGACGGACGGAGUCCUUUCAAGUGUGCAAGUCGUGGUAGACUGCCUGUUGAAAGUUCUGAGCGAGCUCUCAAGCGCCAUCGUAGAUUUCCUGGACACACCAGUCCACAUCCCGGUCAUUUCCGAUAUCCUCAAUGCACUGGAUGUAUCUGACCUAUCUAUUCUCGAUUUGUUCUGCUGGAUUGCUGCUAUUGUCACCACACUGGCAUACAAGAUAGUCGAAGGGGGCUCCGCACCGUUCCCCAACGACACAGUCCCCAACAAGAUCUCUUCUGCCACUGAUUGGACCAGCCUGUCAAGCGCAUUGAUUGCACCUUCUGUGCAGUCCCUUAAGGUAUCAACGCAUCUGACAGUCAAUAGAGUGGUGGUAAGGGCAUCUCCGAACGACAUGAAGCCGCCCCCAGAAGACCCACAUCCCGAGGCCAGUAAGUGGUUCAAGGUCGGACACGGCUUUGCUGGCUGCUUCCAGGUGGUCAAGACCAUCCUCCAGCCCCUGGAAAGUGUCAACCCGAAACCACCGAAGGGCCUAUCGGUAGCGAACAUUUCUGCCAAUGUUUUAGAGGCGACCUCAGCGUUCCUUGGCAAUCAUUUUGGAUUGCGGGAACCCGAGGCUCCGUGGCUACUAUGGAUGUCUAGAAUGACGACACUGGUCACGGUAACAGCCACAAUCGGACUAUCCGGUCCAGUCAUGGGAGUCAUAAGUAACAUUGAAGAUUCUCGCCCGCUUAGCAGUAAGGUAAAUGCGUUGCUGACCAUCCCAGCUUUGGUCUGUUCUGCGGCGCAUCUUCAAGAGUUGGAGCAUGCCGAACCUGGCUACAACAUAAUACCAUCGGCGCUGGAAGAAGCCUCCAAUAUUGUUGACUACGUCGACCGGUGGAUGUAUGCGAACAUUGUUGAACCUGCCACCCCCGCUGAGGUCAGAGCAGUCUCCUUAUUUGUACUGUGCUGGGCCAAUUCUACGAGGUCGUUCAUACAACUAUUUGAAGGCUUCAGCUCCACCGUCUGA